CCAACGACCCUUUUACCAUUCUGGUCCAAUUAGACUUUCGGGUCAGUUCUAAGCCCAAAUCUCUAUCUCCUCCUUCCUCAACCCUUCUCCGCCAAUCUAUCGCUGGAAAACCCUAGAUCUUUCGCUUUGGGGCGGCCUGAAAUCGGUCCACGAGCUUAAGUUGUGCGGCGAGAUCGGGCCUUUUCGGUUGGGUCAAAGGACUUCGCCUCUUGAGACAAGAUGGAAACCCCAGAAGAGAACAAUGCUCUGGUCACCAUGGAUGUGUUGACUACUCCUGAAACACAGCCCAGCAAGAGAAGGAAAAAGAAGUCCAUAGUUUGGGAAUACUUCACCAUAGAAACUGUAAGUCCUGAUUGUAGAAGGGCAUGUUGUAAGAGAUGCAAACAAAGUUUUGCAUAUAGCACUGGUUCAAAGGUAGCAGGUACCAGCCACCUCAAACGCCAUAUUGCUAAGGGAACUUGUCCAGCACUCAUACGUGAUCAGGAUAAUGAUCAGUUGACCCCAUCCCAAUUUACACCGAGGAAUGGUGGAAGUGAGCUGCCAAAACGACGGUACAGAUCUCCUGCCUCACCCUACAUUCCAUUUGAUCAGGAUCGUUGCCGCCAAGAAAUUGCAAAGAUGAUUAUCAUGCAUGAUUACCCUCUUCACAUGGUUGAGCAUCCUGGCUUCAUAGCUUUUGUUCAGAAUCUUCACCCCCGCUUUGACAAGGUGAGCUUCAACACCGUCCAAGGGGAUUGUGUUGCAACCUACCUAAGGGAAAAGCAAACUGUAAUGAAGCUUAUUGAGGGCAUACCAGGACGUUUUUGUCUCACUCUGGACAUUUGGACAUCAAAUCAAACUUUGGGUUAUGUGUUUAUAACUGGACACUUCAUUGAUAGUGACUGGAAGUUGCACAGGCGAAUUCUCAAUGUCAUUAUGGAGCCUUAUUCUGAUUCAGCCAAUGCUCUAAGUCAUGCCGUUGCUGCUUGCCUGUCUGAUUGGAGUCUAGAGAGCAGAUUAUUUUCUGUCACCAUCAAUCAUCCACUGACUGAAGCUGGGCUAGAAAAUCUUAGGCCUCUACUCUGCACUAAGAAUCCUCAUAUUCUUAAUGGUCAGCUGUUGAUUGGGAAUUGUGUAGCUCGGACAUUGAGCAGCAUGGCAAAAGAUGUGCUUGCAGCUGGGCAAGAAAUCAUCAAGAAAAUCCGGGAUAGUGUGAAGUAUGUCAAGACAUCAGAAUCUUAUGAGGAAAAAUUUCUUGAGAUUAAGCAGCAGCUUCAGGUACCUAGUGAGAAGAGCCCAUCCCUUGACAAUCAAACUCAAUGGAACACAACAUACCAAAUGCUUGUGGCUGCUUCUGAGUUGAAGGAAGUUUUUUCUUGUUUGGAUACUUCAGAUCCGGAUUACAAGCAGACCCCAUCAAUGGAAGACUGGAGGCAGGUUGAAACUUUAUGCAGUAUCUUGAAACCUCUCUUUGAUGCGGCUAACAUCCUUACAACUACAACUAACCCAACUAUUAUUACAUUCUUUCACGAAGUGUGGAAGAUACACUCUGACCUAUCUCGUGCAGUGAACUGUGAGGAUCCUUUCAUCAGCAACCUUUCUAAAGCCUUGCAAGAGAAGAUUGAUAAAUAUUGGAAGGACUGUAGCCUUGUUUUGGCAAUUGCAGUGGUCAUGGAUCCUCGGUUCAAGAUGAAGCUUGUUGAGUUCAGUUUCACAAAGAUUUACGGAGAAGAUGCUCCCAGAUAUAUUAAAAUUGUUGAUGAUGACAUUCAUGAGCUCUUUCUUGAAUACAUAGCACUUCCUCUUCCUCUAACGCCAACUUAUGCAGAGGAAGGGAAUGCUGGAAACAAUGUGAAAAUGGACGAAUCUCAAGGAGGAAAUCUUCCCUCAGACAAUGGACUGACUGAUUUUGAUGCGUACAUCAUGGAGACUACCAACCAACAUAUGAAGUCAGAGUUGGAUCAGUAUUUGGAAGAAUCUCUGUUGCCUCGUGUACCAGAGUUUGAUGUAUUAGGUUGGUGGAAGCAGAACAAGCUCAAGUACCCAACUCUUUCGAAGAUGGCCCGUGAUAUUUUGUCAAUUCCAGUAUCUGCAGCUGCUCCAGAUUCGGUCUUUGAUAUAGUGAACGAACAGCUGGAUCAGUACCGUAGUUCACUGCGACCUGAAACAGUUGAAGCCCUUGUCUGUGCCAAGGAUUGGCUUCAAUGUGGAUCAGCAGAUGUCUAAAAUGCACUUGUCAAGAUGGAGUUUUAGAUGUUAUGGAGAAUGGGACUUUGCUCCAAAAAAUCCAUCUUAGCUGGGGUGGAGGGAGAGCGUAGUUAUGGGUACCUGAUUGGUGGUCGUGUAAUCUGCCUCUGUUGUUUAUCAUCCUGCCUAAAAGGUCUGUAAGCCACUAAGAUUUGGGUCGUGUAAUCUGCCUCUGUUGUUUAUUAUGCAGCCCUAAAGGUCUGUAAGCCACUAAGAUUUGGCUCUAUUUGUUGUUUGCACAUGAUCAUAUGCGGAUAUUGGCUUUGCAUUG